UUUCCGUUUUGUCAAAGCACAAGUUUCCUUUCCUCCGCAUGAAUACAUGAUACUCUCUCUUCCUCGGUGGAAGUGAACGAUAUCAAAUUGUGGGUUUGAAAAUUUGAACCCUUUUUAAUUCUAUCUUGAUCUCAAUUAGAGUUCCUAAAAGAUCACCUCUCUCGAUCUCAGAACAUUUGUCAUGGAGAAAGACCAAGAAAUGGCAUUAACCCGGAUGAGAAAAUCGGUUGAGAAGCUUGGUUCUUCGACUGAGAACCAUGGGGAUCCAACACUAAUGAGGUUCUUGAUCGCUAGAACAAUGGACCCAGAAAAGGCAGCAAAGAUGUUUGUGAAUUGGCAGAAGUGGAGGGCUUCGUUGGUUCCAAAUGGGUAUAUCCCUGAUUCUGAGGUUCCAGAUGAAUUGGAGUCAAGAAAGAUAUGUCUGCAGGGACUAUCUAACAAAGGGUACCCUUUGUUGAUUGUGAGAGCAAGCAAGCAUUUUCCUUCGAAGGAUCAACGCCAGUUCAAGAAGUUUGUGGUUCAUCUGCUAGACAAAACGAUUGCUAGCUCCUUUAAAGGCAGAGAAAUAGGAAACGAAAAGUUGGUUGCGAUUCUAGAUCUUCAACAAAUUUCAUACAAGAACGUUGACGCGAGAGGAUUAAUCACUGGGUUUCAGUUUUUACAGGCUUACUAUCCUGAACGUUUGGCGAAAUGCUUCAUAUUGCAUAUGCCUUGGUUUUUCGUUAGUGUUUGGAGAAUGGUCUCUCGCUUCCUCGAGAAGGCAACACUAGAAAAGAUUGUGAUAGUAACCAAUGAAGAAGAAAGAAGAGAUUUUAUGAAAGAAAUCGGUGAAGAAACCUUGCCGGAAGAGUAUGGUGGGCAAGCAAAGUUUAUAGCUGUGCAGGAUGUUAUACUGCCACCGCCUGCCUUUUGAUGCUGAAACUUAGAUCAAUGCAGCCCCCUACACACGCUGAUAUAAUAGAAAAACUAAGUAUAAUAAUUCCUUUAAACAAUUUGAACUUGGAGGCGUAAACUUGUCUUUGAUGAUAAUCACCCUGUUGAGUGAUAAAUAAUUAACUACUGUGAUGUUCCUUGGCCUUCAUUUUUGUCUUGGUGGAUGAAGGCUCUAUCAAUUUGAAUGAAUCGAUCGAUUCUCAGUCGAUAAUUGGUACAUUAACUAUA